AAUUUUUGAAUUUGGUCAUCCCGUAAUUUAAUAGAGGUGUAGGAUAGGGUUGGGAUAGGGUCCAAGAACAAACUUUAUCUUUUGAGCUUUUCACUGUACUGUAAAUUGCGUCAUCAGGAAUAGCUCUGUGAAUAAUUUUAAAAACAUCAAAAUUGUAGCAGAAAUUUUGAAUUUAUAAAAAAGCUAAACAAAAUCCGAAGAAGCAAUGAAGGUUUCCAAAAAGGUACCUGAAAAUCUAGACAGUUUGAAAAAAGAAAUAGAAACCGAUUGCCAUAAAAUUUCACUCGAUGAACUGUGUGAAAAAUUUGAAACAAAUCCCACUGAAGGACUGACCCACGCUAGAGCACUAGAACUUCUCGAACGGGAUGGACCAAAUACCUUGAAUCCAGCCAACCAAACUUCGGAAUGGAAGAGAUUCUUACAACACAUGUGUGGCGGAUUUGCUAUUGUUUUAUGGAUAGGAGCAGCUCUGUGUGUUUUAGCCUAUGUUAUUGAAGGUCAAGGCUCUUCAGAUCCUAAAGAAGAUAAUCUUGUUCUGGCUACAGCAUUAGUCGUAGUUGUUUCGGUGACAGGGAUAUUUGCCUAUUUUCAGGAAGUUAAAAGUUCCAAAAUCAUGGAUUCCUUCAAGAAGCUCCUGCCACCAGCUGCGAUUGUCAUCCGCGAAGGUGAAAAGACUGUUGUGAAUGUUUCAGAUGUUGUUUUGGGUGACGUGGUCGAUGUGAAGUUUGGUGAUAGAAUUCCAGCGGAUAUCCGCAUAAUCAAAGCCAGCAACUUCAAAGUCGAUAAUUCGUCUUUGACUGGGGAGUCUAAACCAAUACCACGGGGAACUCAAUGCACCCAUGAUAAUCCCUUGGAAACGAAGAAUUUGGCUUUUUUUUCAACGAGCGCUGUCGAGGGAACUGCCAGAGGUAUUGUUAUAAAUCGUGGGAAUGAAACUGUCGUCGGACGAAUUGCCGGCUUGGCUUCGCAACUUACAGUUGGAGCAUCUCCCAUUGCCAAGGAAAUCGAACACUUCACAUUUUUAAUCACCAUUGGGUCCAUUGUCUUGGGAAUUGUAUUCUUCUUGAUACCGAUGGCAAUUGGCUAUCAUUUCUUGGAAGCCAUUGUCGUCAUGAUGACUAUCAUUAUCGCCAACGUACCCGAAGGUCUCCUAGCCACUGUGACUGUUUGUCUAACUCUCACUGCAAAACGCUUGGCUGGAAAAAACUGUUUGGUCAAGAACUUAGAAGCUGUUGAGACUCUAGGUUCCACCUCGACAAUUUGCUCGGAUAAAACCGGGACACUAACUCAAAAUCGAAUGACUGUGUCCCAUUUGUGGUUCGACAAUGAGAUUAUCAAUGCCGACACGACAGAAGAUCAAAGUGGCAACCAGUUUGAUAAGAAGAAUCCAGGAUUCAAGGCCUUGUCAAGAGUGGCAGUUCUUUGUAAUCGUGCCGAGUUUGGAAUAAAUCAAGACGAUAUUCCAAUAAUGCGAAGAAAAGUGAAUGGCGAUGCAUCGGAGGCUGCGUUGCUGAAGUGUAUGGAGCUAGAGUUGGGCAAUAGCAUGGACACUCGUAGAAGGAAUCCAAAAGUAGCCGAGAUUCCAUUCAAUUCGACAGAUAAAUAUCAAGUGUCGAUCCAUGAAACUGAAGAUCCUAACGAUAUGAGAUAUUUGUUAGUGAUGAAAGGAGCUCCAGAGCGAAUUGUGGUGCGUUGUUCGACGAUAUUCGUCCAUGGGGAGGAACAGCCAAUGAACGAAGAAAUGUAUGAGGCUUUUAAUAAUGCAUAUCUUGAGCUGGGAGGCAUGGGUGAACGGGUCUUGGGAUUUUGUGAUUAUAUUCUCCCCUCUGAGGAAUAUCCACCUGGCUAUGUUUUUGAUACUGAAUCCGUCAAUUUCCCAGUUGAAAAUCUACGUUUUGUAGGGUUGAUUUCUAUGAUAGACCCGCCUCGGGCUACGGUGCCGUAUGCAGUUGAACAAUGUCGAUCUGCAGGCAUCAAGGUAGUAAUGGUCACAGGAGAUCACCCCAUCACUGCUAAAGCCAUAGCCAGAGAAGUCGGAAUCAUCUCUGAAGACAGUGAGACAGUUGAAGAUAUAGCUUCUCGAUUAAACAUCGCGGUCGAGGAAGUCAAUCCAUUUGAGGCUAAAGCCGCCGUUGUUCAUGGCUCUGAUUUAAAGCUAUUAUCGUCGGAGCAAAUCGAUGCUAUAUUGGCACAUCACUCGGAGAUUGUCUUUGCGAGAACUUCACCGCAACAGAAACUCAUUAUUGUUGAAGGCUUCCAACGCAUGGGUUCUGUAGUUGCUGUAACUGGUGAUGGUGUAAAUGACUCGCCAGCUCUGAAAAAAGCCGACAUAGGGAUAGCCAUGGGCAUCACAGGAUCUGAUGUCUCCAAAGAUGCCGCCGACAUGAUUCUACUGGAUGAUAAUUUUGCUUCAAUUGUCGUUGGAGUCGAGGAGGGUCGAUUGAUUUUUGAUAAUUUGAAGAAAUCCAUUAACUACACCCUGACAACGAAUGUUGCUGAGAUGUCACCGUUUUUAGUUUACGUCAUCGCAGGGAUCCCCCUGCCUCUGACGACAGUAUACAUUCUUUGCAUUGAUUUGGGAACAGAUCUACUGCCAGCUAUUUCUCUAGCUUAUGAAUCAGCUGAGACCGAUAUCAUGAGGCGCAAGCCCAGAAAUGCACUCACCGAUAAACUCGUUAAUGAGAGGUUGCUUCUCAUGGCCUACGGCCAAGUUGGAUUCAUUCAAGCAGCUGCCGGAUUUUUUUCCUACUUCAUUGUCAUGGCCGAGAAUGGAUUUCUACCGCAAAGACUCGUUGGCAUUCGUGAAAAGUGGAAUUCCCCAGCCAUCAAUGAUCUCCCAGACUCUUAUGGUCAAGAAUGGACUUAUUACGAUCGAAAGAUUCUCGAACAUAAUUGCAAUACAGCGUUUUUCGUGGCCAUAGUUACUGUGCAAUGGUGUGAUUUGCUCAUAUGUAAAACUCGGCGUUUAUCAAUUCUCGAACAGGGAAUGAGAAAUUGGGUUCUUAAUUUUGCACUCAUCUUUGAAACUGCUAUAACUCUUUUCUUGUGCUAUGGGCCUGGCAUGCAGACGAGUCUGAAGUCAUACCCCAUAAAAUUUCGAUGGUGGUUGCCUGGAAUUCCAUUUAGUUUGUUGCUUUUUUUCUACGACGAAGGACGUAGAUAUUUAAUGAGAAAAAAUCCAGGAGGAUGGAUUGAGAGAGAGACUUAUUAUUAAUUUUGUUUUAAUAUUGUUUGUUUGAGUUUUGUUUGUUUUCUAAAUUUAAUCAAUUAAUUUAAAAUAAAUUCUCAAAGGUGCAAAUCAC